AUGUCGUUAGGAACUUCAACAGUACAACCUCAAAAGUAUGUGGGGUUUGACACGAUCACUACACAGAUUGAAAAUCGCUUAUUGAAAAGAGGUUUUCAGUUCAAUCUUAUGGUAGUGGGUAAAUCUGGUUUGGGAAAGAGUACUUUAGUUAAUACUUUAUUUCUGUCAGAAUUAACAGAAACAUUCGGUAGAAAGGAUGCUGAAGAACCUAUUGAAAAGACAACUGAGAUAAAAGUUACUUCACAUGAAUUAGUUGAAAACAAUGUCAAAUUACAUGUCAACAUCAUUGAUACACCUGGAUUUGGUGAUCUGAUUAACAACGAUAAGUGUUGGGAUCCAUUGGUUAAAUAUAUUAAAGAGCAACAUUCUCAAUAUUUGAGAAAGGAAUUGACUGCUCAAAGGGAAAGAUAUAUUGCUGACUCUAGGGUUCAUUGUGUUCUUUAUUUUAUUCCUCCAAGUGGUCAGAAAUUGAAGCAAUUGGAUGUUCUUGCCUUAAAGAAAUUAUCUGAGAUUGCUAAUGUUGUGCCCAUAAUUGCAAAAUCUGAUUCAUUAACUUUGGAUGAAAGAGCAGAUUAUAAGAGAUUAUUACAAAAUGAAUUCAAAAAGCACUCCUUAAACUUGUUCCCUUACGAUAGUGAAGAUUUAUUCGAAGAUGAAAAACAAUUGAACGCAGAUAUUAGAUCAUUGAUCCCUUUUGCAGUUUCUGGAUCUCAAACAGAAAUUCAAUUUGAUAAGGUAGUUGCCAGAGGUAGACAAACCAAAUGGGGUGCUAUUAACAUUGAAGAUGUUACUCAAUGUGAAUUUCUCUUCUUGAGAGAUUUCUUGACUAGAACCCACUUGCAAGACUUGAUCGAAACUACUGCUUUGGUACACUAUGAAGCAUUCAGAUCUAAGCAAUUAAUUGCCUUGAAGGAAAAUGCAAGCACUAAUAGAAAUUCGAGCGCCAAUGUGAUUGGCCAAUCUGUGUCUGCCGCACCAAGCAACCCUGAAUUAAAAACUAAACCUUCAUCGGAACAAAUUUCCACCUUUAAUUGA